UUAUACUCGGUCAGAGCCAGGACCUGUACAAUCCCGUUAUACUCGGUUAGAGCCAGGACCUGUACCUGUACAGGAGCGUUACAAUCCCGUUAUACUCCGGAAGAGCCAGGACCUGUACAAUCCCGUUAUACUCGGUUAGAGCUAGGAGCGUUACAAUCCCGUUAUACACGGGUAGAGCUAGGAGCGUUACAAUCCCGUUAUACUCGGGUAGAGCGAGGCGCUCCGAAUAGCGGUUUGAGGAAUGAGGCGGAAAAGGCGAGGAGAACAUGUACACAGGAUUUCUCUAAACGCAAAUGCUUUGAUAUGGAAGAUGUGUUUGCUGCUGAGAUGGUGGAUUCCUGUACUAUUUCUGACAGAUCUCCCAUCAAGCUCAGCCAUCCAGGUCUCCGCUCGUGAAGACAGGAAGUAUGCCAUGCUGUUCCAGUCGGUGGUCCUGCCGUGUCAAUACUCCAGCAUGUCCACCCAGACGCCUGUGGUCCAAUGGUGGUACAAGUCUUACUGCCGCGACCGCACCCGCGACGCCUUCAGCUUCCCGGAGAGCCUGGGGGUAAGGGGGUCCGAGCCGGGCUCCUCGUCCCAUCUAGACUGCUCCGAUUCUAGCCGCACCGUCCGCGUGGUGGCCUCCGUCACCGGAUCCUCCAUCACCCUGGCCGAGCACUACAAGGCCAGAGAUAUUACUAUCAUCAACAAGGCUGACCUGCGUAUCGGGGAGCUCCAGUGGGGAGACAGUGGGGUGUACCUCUGUAAGGUGGUCAUCUCUGACGACCUCGAGGGCAGGAAUGAGGCCCCUGUGGAGCUUCUGGUGUUGGAAUGGGCCUUUGUGGGCUCGGUAGCCCUGGGUAUUAUCCUGUUCAUCUUGCUGUUUGGUGUGUGUUGGUGCCAGUGCUGUCCUCACUCCUGCUGCUGUUAUGUGUCCUGUUGGUGCUGUCCUGAGACCUGCUGCUGCCCACGACACUUGUACGAGGCAGGAAAGGGGUUGAGGAGCAGGGCUUCGUCCCCCCAGAUUGCUGUCUAUCCACCCUACUACGUACCUGGGGUCCCGGCCAUGGUCCCCAUCGCUCCCCCCUCCCUGGUGGACACUGGGAUGAUGUCCGCUCCCCCCUCUGUGUCAGAGAACAGCGCAGCUGGAGUGCGGCCUGUGUACCGGCUGCAGUCCACUCUGGAUCAGUCCUCUCUGGAUCAGGACUCUCUGAAGGUGUUGCAGCACGUAGAGAAGCAGCUGGCUCAUUUCCACCCGGCCAAGCCCCAGAGCCACGACUCCUGCAGUAUCUCAGAGCUCAGUUCUCUUCAUGAGAUGGAUACAGGGAGUUUCCGUCAGUCCUACCGCCAGAUACAGAAGAAGGCCCUGCCAGCCAUCCCUGACCACGACCGUGACCUUGAAGACAUCCCUGACCUCCAUCAUCCCCCGUCCUCCUCUCAGACCCGUCGCUCCACACGCUACCAGCACCGCCGCAACCGCAGCAUUGAGGAGGACCAUCAUCAUAAUAAUAACAGCAGGUGGAACCCUCGUUCGGAGCACCUGCAGCGUAAGGCCUUCCUCCUGGGUGGGAAGUCAGGCUCUCUGGAUGAGCUGGAGGAGUUUGCCCAGUGCUACAGACAGAGAGGCCCCAGGGAGGAGCUCACUGUCAGGGACAUCAGAGACACCGACCAGGAGUACGAGAGACUGGAGCUGCGUGAACGAGAAGGUGACCGGGAUAGGGAUCGAGAUCGGGAAUACUAUCCGCCUUCUUACCGGGACAAGACGACGAAACGUGGUUACCGUGACAACAGGGAUCGCGAUGACCGCGCAGAGACUUGGCGAGAACGAGAUCGCCAAGAGGAUUGUCAUGGAGAUCGUCAGGGAGACCGACAACGCAGUCCGCCACUCUCGCCCAAGAAGAGACGGGGCACGUGGGACAACGAGCUGGAGCAGCGCCCCCCUAAACCCCCCGCCCCUCCUCCCCCUCCUCGCCAGAGCCCCCGGGGGCGGGACUACGAUGACGAACUCCUGAGCACUCUUUUGGAGCGCAAGACCAGACGGGGUGGGGCCAGUGACAGUGGGGGUGAUAGGGGCAGGGGAGGGGGGCGCAGCGAAGAGGACACGCCCUCAGACACCCCUUCUAAGGGUUCUAAGGGCUCUAAGAAGAGCAGCGGCAGUGGCGGCGAGCGUCACCAUAGCCGUUGGCCUAGCAACAGGGAGGUGGAGUUGGUAUUAGACUCACGGGGAGAAGACUCUCUACCCCCGUCCUGCCAGACUGCGUUAGAGCGGUUCAGAGCCGCUGAGCGCCCCUCCCCCUCCCCUCGCCCCUCCAAUGGAGGCUCCACCCAUUCUUCCCGCCCCUCCAACGGAGGCUCCACCCAUAGCCACGCCCAUACCCUACAGCAGGAGAGCGGAGAGGAGCGGGAUAAGCCCCGGAAAGUGAGCACUCUUCUUAGCAGAGACUCUCUCAUAGUUUGAUGCCUGGAGAGGACACAUACAGACACUGGGAAAGACACUGGGGAUCAUCCUCUAACCCCCCAUCACCCCUCACUGGGGAUCAUCCUUUACCCCCCCAUCACCCCACACUGGGGAUCAUCCUCUACCCCCCCAUCACCCCACACUGGGGAGGAGAGAGGAGAGGUUCUCAGACCACACUGGGCAAGCAGAGAAAACCAUGGAGAGGUCAGUGACCUUGCAUCCAGCAGCAGAGGGAAUGGCUACCUCUGAGUGACAGGCAGUACAUCCACUGGACUGACCAUGGCACAGGACUUGGGACAGUCUGAUCAGGCUUCAGAUACACAUCGAUCACCAUGACCUAAGAAGAAGAGUAAUGUUCAGAGCUGGAACAAAGACCUCUGGAUGCACAGGACAAAUAGCACUGUGUGUGUGUGUGUAUUGGUGAAUGUGUGUAUUGGUGUGUAUGUGUAUUGGUGUGUGUGUGAGACAAAGUAUGGUGCUUAUUCCUGUCUGCUCUUUUGUGUGUGAGAGUGAAUAGUUUCUCCAUCUCCCUGUCUAUUCUAUUCUUCUCUCUCACUAACAACACACACUGAAUGACGAUGUCAUCCCGGAGUUUCUGUCACUGCCACCUCUACACAGUGCACGCUCUCUCUGUGAAGUCGCUGAAUGAUGAUGUCACUCUGGAGUUUCUGCCACUGCCUGCACCACCACCACCACCACUGCCCAGUCACGGUCGAAGGCCGGCGUUGAGACAACGUUUGGAUUCUGUUGUGUGAAUGGUGUGGAUCCCCCAUACCAUUGUGUUUUUCAGUGCCAUUGUAAAGCACCUAUUGGCCUUGCUUGGCCUUGACUCUGUGGAUAGAGGACACAGUGUUUCUUAAUCAUUGUCAUGUUCCUGACCUGUUUUCCUUUGUCUUGUAUUUAUUUAGUUGGUCAUGGCGUGAGUUGGGUGGGUUUGUCUAUGUGUGAUUUUCUAUGUUGGGAUUU